AUGUAUUGUAUGUGGUUGCAGCUGUACCGUUCUGCUGAGCUGGCGGAGUGCACGGACCUGUGCGUGUGCGAGGCGUCGCUACAGGUGUCGUGCAAGGUGGCGUGCGUGCCGCGCGCGCCCUGCUCCUCGCGCCUCGCGCACUACUCGCACGCCGCGCCCGCGUACCAGGCGUACCGCGGCCGCUGCUACUGCUACUCCGGCUCCUUCAUAUGCAUGCGACCCAACCCUGGCGAGUAUACAUUUAUACUACAGAAAUACUCGCGCGCCGCGCCCGCGUUCCAGGCGUACCGCGGCCGCUGCUACUGCUACUCCGGCUCCUUCAUAUGCAUGCGACCCAAACCUGGCGAGUAUACAUUUACACUACAGAAAUACUCGCGCGCCGCACCCGCGUACCAGGCGCACCGCGGCCGCUGCUACUGCUACUCCGGCUCUGCUGUAGAUGAAGCUCUGUUACGGCCCCAUACCGGUCUCGGAGCUGAAGAUGCUGUGCGUCUACUGCAACAGUACCUGUACUCCGUUCACAAUGAAGGAACUAACUGCACCCUCAGUCUUUUCAACAUCAGCAACGAGAACGUGAUAAUAUCCGCUAGUGUGCCCCAAAAAGAACAGGAAUCGCUCAGAGAGGCCGGAGACGGGGAAGCCUUAUUGGACCGCGAAAAGGAGGAAUGCAUCGAUGUCCUAAAAGUGGUCAAGUCUCGCAUCAACUCUCAACACGAAGACAUAUCCUCGCACCUUCUACUUUCUAUCUUCAAGAUCGCCGAAGUGGACGUGGUGUAUCCAGCACCGCCAAGCUCAGCUAUUACAAAUCACGAGCCCCUUAAGAUCCUCUAUAUAAUCAUCACUAUCUUCAGCAUCCUUUACAAUAUCACCAAUACCUCUAUCGACAAAACUAUCGUCAAUUUCAUAUCGAAUUUAUUCGAUCAUAGUUUUAGCAAAAAGCUUUAUUUUUCUUCGGAUGUCAUUAUCUUCGACGAGAUAUAUAUUUUUAAUGAAUUUGUAACUAUUUUGAACGAUGAAUUUAUGAAAGUUGUAGAACUUGAAAAGCACGAUGCACUAGCUUCUCUUAGCGCACAAAACACAGAACGUGUAGAUUUAAGUGUAAUAGAUGUAAAUAAUUAUAAGGAAACUAUACAUAUCAUAAAUGCUGUGAAUAUUACAAUAUUAAUUGAUAAUUUUAAUGUACUUGUUGCUGAUGCAAUUAUUAUACCUAAAUAUUUUUCUAGAGAUGUGUAUUAUGAUAAUGGAUGUACUAAAUCUUGUGAUUCGGAGAUGCUUUUUGAUUUGUGUUUUGGAAAUAAUGCGUCCUCUUCUUAUGGGAUCAUGAGAUCUGUUAGCUUAGGACUGACUUUAGUAGUAGAAUGA